AUGUCUGAGAAGAAAGCAAUGUCUAUAAAUAAGCCGGUUUACGGAUACUCCCGAGCCGGAUAUUCACGCCACGCCUCAUCUGGCUUGCAGAUUGCGGCUAGCACCACUUCAUCACUUCACCGCGAAGAUAAGAAGUGGGACUACAUUCUCAAGGAUCGUAACAAUACAGAGAUCGUUCUAUAA